UUGUUUCAAUUUGAAGUCGCAAAUUUUACUUGCUCCUCGACAUAUUAAUUAAUGGCAGAAUAUAAAGAAACCCACAUCGUGGAAAUCCCUGUCGAUGAAGAGCAUCAACAGAAACUCCAGUCUGCUAUGGCCACCAUUCCUGCAAUCCAGCAGCACCCGUUAAUGGAAAUCUCAGAGAGCCCUGGUCAUCUCUUGCUACUCAAGCUCUGGCAAAGAGAAGAAGACCUCUUCGAGCGUCGAAUCGCCAUGAUGGAAACCCGAAUGGACAACAUCAAACGGGAAUUAUUUCAAUUAUGCUGUUUUUUAUUAGCUUUCCAUGGAUUUUUCCUGACCAUUCUCUUUAACCUUUCCAUUCGUUCACAAGAACAUACAUGCAGGAGAUGGUGGCUUCUAUCUUUGAUAUCCGUCUCUUCUUCACUUACCAUGAUAUUUUUGGUCCAGAUGAAGCUUUGCAGGUAUUGGAAAGUUUCAAGACAGUUGCAGAGAGAGAAGAGCGAUAACAGAGCGGUUACGAGGUGCAUCCAAGAAUUAAGGAUGAAAGGAAGGAGUUUUGAUCUGUCGAAAGAGCCUCAAAAUUCAAGAAGGAUGAAAAGUUCUAGCGUAGAAAUCAAAUGGAAGCCUCUUUCUUGGUGUUCCCAGAAUCUUAUAACGAUCUGUCUUAUUUGUGUCACAGGUAUGGUCUUUCCUGCUUGCAAGUAUAUCCUCUGCGGUUGAGAA